AUGGAGCACGAGGCACAGGAUCACGCCGUCAGCAUGGAACACGAGGCACAGGAUCACGCCGUCAGCAUGGAGCACGAGGCACAGGAUCAUGCCGUCAGCAUGGAGCACGAGGCACAGGAUCACGCUGUCAGCAUGGAGCACGAGGCACAGGAUCACGCCGUCAGCAUGGAGCACGAGGCACACGAUCACAUCGUCACCAUGGAGCACGAGGCGCAGGAUCACGCCGUCAGCAUGGAGCACGAGGCACAGGAUCACGCCAUCAGCAUGGAGCACGAGGCACACGAUCACAUCGUCACCAUGGAGCACGAGGCACAGGAUCACGCCGUCAGCAUGGAGCACGAGGCACACACUCGUGCUCAAGCACUCUUUACGAUACGAGGCGCCACCUCUCAUGAGUUUACCUCCACCAGCUCCACCUCUUAUGAGUUUACCUCCACCAGCUCCACCUCUCAUGAGUUUACCUCCACCAGCGCCACCUCUCAUGAGUUUACCUCCACCAGCUCCACCUCUUAUGAGUUUACCUCCACCAGCUCCACCUCUCAUGAGUUUACCUCCACCAGCGCCACCUCUCAUGAGUUUACCUCCACCAGCUCCACCUCUUAUGAGUUUACCUCCACCAGCUCCACCUCUCAUGAGUUUACCUCCACCAGCGCCACCUCUCUUGAGUUUACCUCCACCAGCACCACCUCUCAUGAGUUUACCUCCACCAGCUCCACCUCUUAUGAGUUUACCUCCACCAGCUCCACCUCUCAUGAGUUUACCUCCACCAGCGCCACCUCUCAUGAGUUUACCUCCACCAGCUCCACCUCUUAUGAGUUUACCUCCACCAGCUCCACCUCUCAUGAGUUUACCUCCACCAGCGCCACCUCUCUUGAGUUUACCUCCACCAGCGCCACCUCUCAUGAGUUUACCUCCACCAGCGCCACCUCUCAUGAGUUUACCUCCACCAGCUCCACCUCUCAGCUGGCUCACUCAUGUAGGCUUGCUUCAGAGUGGAUUGGAAGCGGUUGUGAAGGCCACAACACCUUUGAUUAG